AUGGGCAAGAGUGCUCCUUCUGUUGUCGUUGCCAAAAAAGGCAAGAUGCGCCUGGUCCAGAAGCGGCCGGCCAUCAUGAAGUCUAGCCUGUGGAAAAACCUUGCUUACACGAGGGACAAAAACGGAGUCCAACCACGCGGGCAACGCAAGGAUCAGAUCAAAUGGAAGAGGACUUUGCCAGAACUCAUCAAGGCAUCCGACUCCCACAUCAUUCGCAUCCUCAUUGCAGACAAGUUGCUGCCCAAAUCUGUUGCCAGGGAACCCUUUCGAAGCUCAAGGUGGAAGGACGCAGCGUGUCAGCUAUGGAUGAACCCGCAUCACCUACACCCUCUUUUCACAGAAGGGCAAGGUCUCCAAUCACAACUUCUACAGUCCCAAGCCGCUCUGCUGCUUCUCAAGCUCCACAGAGUUCCGCAAAGCAUUAUCCACAUGCUCUUGAACGUGAACCACAAAGCCAUUGAGGAUGUGGAGCGCAAACUUUGCAAACUCCGGCAAGAGCACGUGGAAAGCAAGGAGAAGGCUAUCCAAUUCGGCAAUGGCAAAUCAUGGGUUGAUGUAGAAGCGGAUGAAGCGACUUUUGACAAAAGGGACAUUUCGAAUUGCUUGGAAUUCAAGCACCUCAUCCAGUCGCCUAACGCCACCAUCAUGUGGGAGCAGUGGGCGGGGAUCGUGCAGCGCGGCAGGCCCGAAACCUUGAUCCUCUACAAGUUGCAGCCGAAAAUCACAGUGAAGCGAGCCCCUGGGCCCGGUGCCAUUCGAAGGAUCGAAUGGAAGGGCUUGGCGGCGAAGUGGCUCAUGAAUCGCAAGGUCGUGUUGCACACAGAUUCCGCCAAAAGUUACAAGCUGAAGGUUUUUGGCGUGCUGCAUGACCGCGUUGUCCACUGCAAGAACAGGGUCAAGAUUCAGGGCAAAUGGACGUGGCGGGCACCACACUAUGUGCGCAUUGUGAAGCACACGCUCCCCGGCGGUAAGGGUAAGACUUUGAAUGUCAAAUCAGGCACGCAGAUCAUAGAUCGGUGCUGGCGAUUCUUGAAGGAGCGUGUUCGCGUCAAUCAGCACACAAAGUGUGGCAGUGCAUUGCUUCGAGCCAAGCUCAGAAGCGCCCAGUACGAAUACUGGCACCGCACUGACGAUUUGUGGGUGGCCACCGGACAUCUCUGCCAGGACUCCAUGAAGAAAUUCAUGUCGUGA